GAGAGAGGAGAGAGAGAAAAAGCGAGAGCGUUGACCUGUGAGAGUCUCUACUAUAAUACAUAUCGCCUUCACAUAUUCAAAUCUCAUCACGCCCAAAGUUCAAAGUUUACUUAUACGAAAGAAAGAAACCUGUGGUAAUGGCUACGGCGGGUCUCUACCGGAGAUCUCUUCCUUCUCCUCCGGCCAUUGACUUUUCUUCUGCCGAAGGCAAGAAAAUAUUCAGUGAAGCGCUUCAGAAAGGCACAAUGGAAGGAUUUUUCAGGUUGAUUUCUUAUUUCCAGACGCAGUCCGAACCUGCGUAUUGUGGCUUGGCUAGCCUUUCAGUUGUCUUGAACGCUCUUUCUAUUGAUCCUGGACGUAAAUGGAAAGGGCCUUGGAGGUGGUUUGAUGAAUCGAUGCUGGACUGCUGCGAGCCCCUGGAAGUAGUCAAGGCCAAGGGCAUUUCCUUUGGAAAAGUUGUCUGUUUGGCCCAUUGUACUGGAGCCAAAGUGGAAGCUUUCCGCACAAAUCAGACCACCAUUGCCGAUUUCCGCAACUUCGUUAUCAAAUGCUCUUCUUCUGAGAAUUGCCAUUUGAUCUCAUCAUAUGACAGAGGAGUAUUUAAGCAGACUGGGUCUGGUCACUUUUCACCAAUUGGUGGCUAUAACGCUGAAAGAGACAUGGCUUUGAUUCUUGAUGUUGCCCGUUUCAAGUAUCCUCCUCAUUGGGUUCCUCUUAAACUUCUUUGGGAAGCCAUGGACAGCAUUGACCAGUCAACAGGGAAACGCAGAGGGUUCAUGCUCAUAUCUAGACCCCAUAGAGAACCCGGAUUGCUUUAUACUCUGUGCUGUAAGGAUGAAAGCUGGAUCAACAUUGCCAGGUAUCUGAAGGAAGAUGUUCCUCGUCUUGUAAGCUCACAGCAUGUAGAUAGUGUAGAAAAAAUCAUAUCAGUUGUGUUCAAGUCACUUCCGUCAAAUUUCAACACAUUCAUCAGAUGGGUGGCUGAGAUCAGAAUAACAGAGGAUGCAAAAGAAAAUCUCAGCGCAGAGGAGAAAUCGAGGCUCAACUUAAAGCAAGUGGUGCUGAAAGAAGUGCAUGAAACUGAACUGUUCAAACACAUCAGUAAGUUCUUAUCCUCAGUUGGUUACGAAGACAGUAUGACAUUUGCUGCAGCAAAGGCUUGUUGCCAAGGAGCUGAAAUCCUAUCCGGAUGCUCAUCAAUAGAGUUCUGUUGUCGGGAGGUGAAAUGUGUCAACGGUGCUGUCGAGGUGGAAGGCACGGUGGUGACUGGAGUUGUUGUGCGUGACGGGAGUGAACAAAAUGUUGAUCUAUUGGUGCCAUCGACCCAAACUGAAUGUGAGUAUGGUCCGGAGGCAACUUAUCCAGCAGGAAACGAUUUGUUCACUGUACUUCUGCUGGCCUUACCUCCACAGACAUGGUCAGGGAUCAAAGACCAAGCUCUUAUUAAUGAAAUGAAGCAGCUCAUUUCUAUGGCUUUCCUCCCAACUAUGCUUCAAGAAGAGAAGCCUUUUGGAGAAGAGACAAUAACAAAACCUAAGCUGAGGCUGAGAGUUUAGAUCUUACAAAGUGUUGCAUCUUCGACGCCAACUUCAGCUGCUAAAACGAUGCCAAGAGAACAAGGAGGAGGAGGAUCUCGCUGCUCCUGCCUACUGAUUCGUCUGCGCAAAUUCACAAAUCUUAAUCGUCUCUCUUGCCCAAGUGAAUCCCAGUUACUCAAAUUUAAAACCCUUAUUGUUAUAGUCUCUCUAUUAUGUGUAUGAUUCAAACUCUACUUGCGUUUUUUUACAAAGAAAAACUAUUAUAUUACUAAACUUGUGAGGUGAUCUGGUAACCAGACUUCAAACUCUACUGGGCAUGAGAGAGAUUUGUAGCAUAUAUAUAUGCGUUCUAUCUUUACUAUUAAGUUAUUAAACCUUUUGCAUCA